UUCAGAUUACAUGGAUGUCCUGUGCGGUAAUUCAAUCGAUAUGAGAACUUCUGGUUUGGAGAGCGUCCGUCUGCAUCUGACCAACUUUCAAUACUACUACAGCAGUAUGGACUGCGUACUGCGGGUUCGAGUCCCUGCCGACAAGCGACUCCAAGUUCGCUUCCUCGAUAACUCCAUAGUGAAUAGCGUCAACUGUACACAGGACUUUCUAAGUAUCCUGGACGGAAACGAGAAUACAGGACAGCCUCUAAGAGAUUUGGAUCCUCGUGUUUGCUGGUCAAGCAUUCUGAAGUCGAGCUACGUGACCAGCGGCGACCAAGCCCACUUCCGGUAUGUAAGCGACGCUCAAGACACCUCGGAGGGCUUCAGGCUUCUCCUCACCGCCUUCAGAGAUGACCCGAAGCAGACUUGUUACGACUCGGAGUUCCAGUGCAGGUCCAACAGACGCUGCAUCUCCGCGUCCUUGACCUGUGACAACUAUGAGGACUGCACAGACGGAAGUGACGAAUGCGGCCUCUCCACGGGGGCGAUCAUCGGAAUAGCCAUUGGUACUGUUGUCGGCGUCGUCAUCAUCAUCUGCAUCAUUGCCUGCUGCUGCUGUCGCAGUCGACGGAGGCGUAACGCCGACAGCGUGAAACACUUGAGUUACGAAAAUCAUGAAGUGGAAGUAGUGCCGGUUCCAGACGACAUUUACUCGGACGUUCAUAUCGUGAAGCAAGCCCCGCCCAGUCCUCCGAUCCAACCAAUCAUACAGCCUCUACAAGUACAUCCGGGACAUUACCACGGUAACGACGCCCAGGCAGUGUAUUCCUAUGAUCCCUACCACGUGAAAAUGGAAGCGGCGGAAGUGACGUCACAGAAUCCGCAAAUUUGGAUCACCACUCCAUCGGACGAAUCGCGGACGUCAUAUUACAUCGAUUACUAAAACGCCAGUAUCGAUCAACAUAAAAGAACUGAAUUCCGCCUCCAAAUUAUACUUUUUAAACUAGAUUUUGUAAUCCAAGUGCAAAAUAUUAAGAAUUAAGUGAAACCUUUGAUAUUAUUUUUAAGCUUUAAAGAUUUUUAAAAUCUUAAGAAAAAAUCGUUUAAAGGUGAAUAAUUUCGUGUUGUUUUUUCUUGCAUCGAUGUAUCAGAUGGUUACAUUUUGAGGAAACGUGAUUUGUUUUGUUAGAAACGUUGUUGAUACAGAAUACAUAUUAUCAAGACACCAUUGCUAUGGCAUUAUAGAUGUGUUUGAUUGUUAUUGAUACGUUAUUUAAAAAAUGCAUUUUGUUUUUCAUACUCGGAUAGACCCGACCUCGCGCUGCUAUUAAAUAGUGUAAAACAGAAACAAAUAUAAUACGAGCGUAUUCGAUCCGUGUACAGAUGCCCUCAGUAAUGGACUAAAGAGUUCACAACUUUAAUGGAUAAACGAGAUUUUAGGCUGUAAACGUAUGUCAUUAUACAAAUUAAUAUUGGAUAUAAAACAGAUGAGACAUGUUCGACGAUCACAACUAAAUGUGAACAUACUGGCCAUUGUUUUUAUUCGUUUAAUGAGUUAUAAAUAAAUCUUUUGAAACGUUAACUGCUGUUAGAUUCAAAUUCCGUGAAAGAUUUGAGCGUAUUGUAAAAGUAACAUGAUUUCAUGUACUGACUUUUUAAAGCUGUAAAAACAGGCAUACCGGUACAUAUAUACAUUAUUACCGGGUAAUAUGAAUAUAAUACAAUUUCGAUUGUUUAUGUGUAGUGUUUCUCUUUUAUAUAUUGCAUUAAAAAUGCGAAUAGUAAAUGUAUUAA